AUGAAGCAGAGCAUGCAAUCAAUUACUUCAUUCGCUAAUCUGGAGUUCUCGAUUGAAGAAGCGACUGUGCAUGGUGUCGCACCGAGCUUCAAGGAGCGACCAGUCGGAGUUGGGACGAUCGUAUUUGAAACGUUCGUGGACGGGAAGACUGCUGUGAUCGACGACGUGCUUUUCGUUCCUGGUGUGAUCAACCUGCCGUUGUCGAUGGGACCUGCAAUUGACGAUAACUUACGAUCGAGUGGGACUCGAACACGCACCGAUUUACAAUUUGAAGGGUAA